AACUGAUAUUUCUCUUCCGAUAAAAGCGGGCGCUCGAAAUCUAUACCUCUUCGAGCACGUGGAUAUUUUUUUGGUGUAAACCUUCGUUCAUCGUUCAUCGCAGCCAUGCCAAUGGCAGUCGACUCUACUCCAGCAAUGGCAGCGUCGAAAGCCAAGAGCGCAGUCCCUCACGGCUUGCAGAACCCUCCAGUAUCAGAAAGCCCGAAGAAAGGCAAGAAGAGAAAGCACGCCCGGAACGACAAUGUCGAUGAAGGACCUGUUGCAGGAUCCUCGAAAGCAACCGACGAUUUAGCAUGGACUUGGCGGUCAUUGACAGAGUCGUCUGCCAGUAGGGUGCCCCUGCUUUUUACAAAAGACGGAAGUUAUUUCUUCUCUGCUUCUGGUCCAUCCGUCAAGAUCUAUUCAGUCGCCACUGGGCUUGUUGUUUCUACUCUUACACCUGCGGAAUCAGGGGAAACUGCCGAACCUAAUCUUGGGGCUGGCAAUUCUCUUACUUGCAUGGCUUUGAGCCCACACAAUCCAUUCCAACUAUUUACGGGCUCGGCGGGCGGCUUGAUCAGAAUCUGGGAUUUCUUGGAUGCUACUCAACUGCGCGUAUUCGACCUGGCGCAACCUAUAUUCCAACUUGCUUUACAUGAAAAAUUUAAGGAUCAGGUGUUUGUUGCGGCUAGCCGAUCAACCAAAAAGAUCAACAGCAAAGGAAACCCCACGGCGGAAGAUAAUUGCGCCGUACUGAGGGUUACCUUGACCCCCACCAAUGCUACCAUGAAUUCAUCUAUCCAGAAACCAUCGGAUUUAUUCAUAGUUGGCAAGACAAGAAAGCCAGCCGGUCUCUCAUUUUCGCCCAGUGGCUCGUGGCUCGUGGCUAUUGGAGGUCACAAGGCGUAUGUAGCACGGACCGCCGAUCUUAAAGCUGGCUUCACGAAGUUUGUCUCGGACGAGACGCUGACUUGUCUGGCCUUCCAUCCUACCGAAGAGUACUUCGCUACUGGCGACGCCAAAGGUGUCAUCAGACUAUGGUACUGUCUCAAUGAGGAUAUUACUACCUUGGCUUCUGGCGUUCGAAAGAAGGCACCGACUACGACUUUGCACUGGCAUGCACACACUGUUUCUUCUAUUGCGUUCACCGCAAACGGCGCAUACUUGCUUAGUGGCGGAGAAGAAGCUGUACUUGUCAUCUGGCAGCUACACUCUGGAAAGAAGGAGUUCGUGCCUCGCGUAGGCGCUCCGAUUGCGAACAUUGCUGUCUCGAGACCAAAAGAUGCAGAGGAAGAAUAUCUGCUUGGCCUGGCAGAUGCGUCGUUCGUAUUUGUUCGCUCAGGUACCUUGCGCAUUUCACGGACGGUUGCUCGCAUCAAACUUGACCCAGCAAUCAGUCAUACCCGACCGUCAUCAUCUACUGCUAUACCACUAGCGAUUCACCCCCAAACAUCAACUUUGAUACUGCCGUCCUCUCAUCCAUCAUCCCUGCAGACAUAUGCGCCCUCGAGUUCAAAACUCCUUUCAGAGCUUGAGGUCUCGCCUUCCAAUCGAGUUUCACGUCGCGACGAGAAGGCGUUGGAACCAUCCCGCGUAGAACGCGCAGUCAUUUCUGAGUCGGGGAAAUGGAUGGCAACAUUGGAUGCUCGUGAAAGCGACGACGUGUCCAAAGGGGAGAUCUAUCUCAAGAUUUGGUCUUGGGAACGCGGUACUGGGUUCUGGUCAUUGAACACUCGUAUCGACCGACCUCAUGGACUCAAGAAAGUUACUUCGGUAGCAUUUCGUCCAGGGUCCAGCAUAGGUGGUCUACAAUUAGCUACCACUGGCGAAGAUGGGAACAUCAAGCUGUGGCGAGUGCGUUCGGUAAAGAACAAGCACGGAGAGGUGGAAGAGUAUUGGGUUACUCGAGCUACUCUUCGAUUCCGCUCUGACAUUCCCUCUCACGCGACUUGGUCUUCGGACGGGUCCAUAUUGGCUGUAUCUUUGGGUCCCCAUGUUGCGCUUUAUGAUCCCGAGAGCACUGUUUUGAUUCGGACGUUGACUAGUCCCGAAUGUACUGUUGUUACAUCGGCUAGUUUCGUUGGUCGUGGAAGUCGAUACCUAGCUGUUUCAGGUCACCGAGAUCUAGUAUUGUGGGACCUUGUUUCGCAGACUGUGAAAUGGCAUUAUCGGAGCACCAUGGCGAUCACAGGCCUCGUCACACAUCCAGUUCAAGAUACCUUCAUUAUAUUUGAACAACAGAGCGAAUCCUCUUCCACGCUCGUUUCGACAAGAGUCGUGAUGUUCACUCCUCGUUCCGCUAUCCCAUCUCAAAUCCGUUCUUUGCCUUUCCGUCUUCUGAGCGUCGUUCCCUGCCCUGCGAGCUGGACCGCACCCGGAAGCGCAUCGUCAUUGGCAUUUGUUGCAAUCACCGAUGCAUGGAGUGUCGUUCUUCUAGGCGACGAUGUCAAGUUACCUGAAGAGCAGGGUUCUGUUGGUAGAGGCCUCAAAGGGACAUCGCCUGCCGCCAAGCGUACCCUAUUCCAGGACAUCUUCGGUGCUUCUGCAUUCAGCGACGUCACUCCUCCAUCUGCACCGAUAAUCCAAACCCCUGCUACAUGGAAGGGCAAAGAAGUGGAGAAGAUUUUCGACGCCCCUGCCUACCUCAUGCCACCGUUGGAUACCUUAUUCGACCCUCUUAUGGAAGACUUCCUCACUCUACGUCCAGCAGACGAGUCUGCUGGUGUUGAGGAUGAGGAACAACAUGCGGAAGAUGUUGAGAUGGACGCAGAAGGUGAAGAUGGACCUAUAUUAGUUGGUAAUAGGCUCGAACGGGUAGUAGAUGGUGGGGAAAUGGUUGCGAUGGUCGAGCUAUUUAUGAAUCAUGCCAUUUCUACAUCGGGAUCUACUUCUAUACCCAACGGCAUCCCUCAAACGAAUGGCGUUCAUCGACCUACCACCAAUGGUGUAACCCCGCACGCGACACCAGCCAAACCCCUACCAAAGCACAACGGCACCACAAAACCCCAACUGUCCACACCUGCGGCUUCGAUAAAAACGUCGGAUCCUUCGGCUACACCGUCAUCAGCCGCACGGACAGGCCAAAAGAGAAAGAAAUCCUUGGAUUAAAUUAGCAUGUCUUUCUUUCCGGGUAGAUGUAUCGAUAGAUCUCGUCAACCUCUUUGCAUGUAGCGCUCCAUUCGCAUUCGCAUUGCUCUCGCCCUACCAAUUUCAUUACUCUUUCCUGCUUUCCUCUUGUCCUAGUGACCGCCAUGUACCAUCAAUUCCCGUCGGACUCCUUGGACGGCGCAUAAGCCGAUAGUCGCAGUCCACUGAUAAUGAGGACUUCUGUCAAGAUGACGGUGACAGGAAGGUAUGGCAUGGGCUCGUUGGAAAUGAGAAUGAAGCUUUGAAGGACCG